AAGAGCAUUAGAUUGGUUUUACUAAUAGAUACAAGUCGAGCCCUGAUAGAGAAUAAUACGCGUCUACUUGCUUGCGUCAAACACAUGCGGGACCUGUAUGCAUUUGCGUUAGUUGUUGGUACACGCGGUGUGAACCGUCACGGCAAACGGAUAGCGGUGUUCUCUCCGAUGCCGGUCAUUUGAACGUUCUUACUUGGAUACUACACCAACAGGAGGUCUUGCAGCCUGGAAUGUCCCUCUCAGUAACCAUUGGGCCGCCGACUCAUCACGUGACUUGGGUGGUCAGCACCAGGAAGGGACAGAAUGAUUCAAAGACCACGGACUAAUAAAUCCCACUCAUAAAAAAUUUCCACUUACUGGCAUGCCAUUCGAAACUACGCUGUCACCGUACGUAAACAAAAACAGCUGUUACACGUCUAUCUCUCCCGCUCUGGUGUCAAAAGACUAUAAUGGGGGUGGUGCAGUGGAAAUUAACCACCCCCAAAACAGGGAAGAUGUGGGUGAGAACUCCCAAAAUGCUCUGGAAGUCGAUGACAAUGAAGACGAGUCCAAAUUGGAGGACGAACAAGAUAAGCUCCUGAUCUUAUCCCGGAACUUCUAUCCGGAAGCGAACUGUCCCGUCCAGAUACCUACAUCUCUACCUCUGAACACCGGGAAACUUUUCAACCCCUACCAGGGGAGAGUGCAGAGUCUCUCCAUGUCCCCCUUUUCCUCUCACUGCGAAGAGGAGAGUCCUCGAUCUGGAAAGAGUCCAUCCUUCGAGUCCUCGCAUUAUGUUGAUUAUAGGGAUGAAAAACUGAAGGAUCCGAUUUGUGAGGACCAGGAACAAAAGUUAUUCAUACCUGUGGAAGAGUCCAAUGAUGUUUUCACGAACAAACCCAUUUACCCCUGGAUGGUGGAUUCGAGGCAUAACACUAAAAACAGGCAACAGCAAGUCUAUGAUGCAGAAAAAGAACAAUUCACUCAAUUCAUGGGUGAGCAACCAUCAAAACGAGCAAGGACAGCUUAUACUAGUGCCCAGUUAGUGGAACUCGAAAAGGAAUUCCACUUCAAUCGCUAUCUGUGUAGACCCCGCAGGAUAGAAAUGGCUUCUCUUCUGAACCUAACUGAGCGACAGAUCAAAAUUUGGUUUCAAAAUAGACGCAUGAAAUACAAGAAAGAACAAAAAUCCAAAGGUAUCUAUUGCCAAGGCUCGGAGAAAGACAUUCCAAAUUCAGGUCGAAAUAUGACUGCUUCUUCUCCUCUAACUAAUUCACCGACUUCACCCGUAACAGCAUCGAAUCCCAGUUGCAAUCUUACACAUUCUGGAGGACAGGCAAUCGUAACUGAGUGUAACAACACCCAAUCUCUGUCAAAUUACGGGAUGCAGUCUUCACCCAGUUCAAAUAAUAGUUUGAGCUCUUGUUCUAUCAGAGCCCAUUCCGAUCCGAUUUUGAGUCCACCUAAUAAGAUACCCGUUUCCCAUCCGUCCGCAUAUCCCAUUUCCAAUGGAAAUAAGAUGUACCUUUCUCCAAAUACUUCUCGAAAUCUUCAGUACCCAAAUGCAUUUCCAGAUGCAACUCUAUUUCCUCAUCGCCAUCAACAGCAGGACGUUUCUUAUGCUCAAAAUGAAACCGACAAGAAGAACUUGAUGCGUUCUCCGUCUGCCUCGUCUACGCCAUCCCAAUGCGUUUCCACUCCUCCGUCACCAUCUUCACCUUUUCAACUCAACUUCAGUCAGCCGCCCAUGGUGGACCCAGCUUUAAAUUCCCCGUGUCCUUCCGACCUCGAGUGCUCAAAAAACAACGCUUUUUAUUAUAACUCCAAUGUAGCAUCAAGAUUUGUUGUCCAGUCUCAUCCAACAUGGGAUCCUAGCAACGUUCAUAUGCCAUUUCAAAAUAACAUACAAAGUUCCAUGGGACUUUUUUGCACAGCUGUGGAUUACACGACGCCUAACAACGUCCGUGCAAUUGUCAAUAAUUCCAGCUACCAACCUCAGUUGCAUCCUACAUCUUAUUACUAUCCCCAUCCACAGCCAACUCUUGGAAGUGGACAAUUACCACACGAAUGGCUAGUUUCUUCUCAAGAUUCAAACAGAACCUCCAAGUAUUCCUUUCCUCCUUCACCUCCAAAGCUUGCUCAUUUGUGAGAACAAUAAAAUAAUCUGAAAUCAAAAAUGCCAGGUAAAGCGAAUGAAAAUUUAGACAAGUGUUUAUAUUUCCUGCUUCUAUAAACUGAUGAUAAAAUUUCUAUUCAAUCUUUAAAUUUGUUUUUAUCCAUUUGUUACCAUGAGGGCAUAUGUAUGGCUUCUGCUGAAACUAAGCAUUAUUGGUGGUUAAGUGCUUCGAUAAAAAGCUCUUUAUAUAUAAGUUAUGCUACAGUAUGCUGGGCUUUAGAAACUAUUCAGUUCCAAAUAUUUCAAUAACUGAGUAUUUGGUUUUUGUGAGAUAUUGACUUCAUAAUAGUGAAUGUCUUAUCUUGAUCAGUUCAAAAUAUGAUUAUGAAAUAAUGUUAUUUGAUGAUGAAGCAAAUACUUAUUUUAAUGUAUCUUAAAAUUUCUUAUUCAGGGCUUCCCAAGUUAAAAAAAUUUCGAAGAUUCCCUCUGUCAUAUGUUAUUUCGAGCGAUAUAAAAAGAUAUUGCAAAAAGGAUUGCUUCUGAAUUCGAUAUAAGGAAUAAGUUUAUAUUAAAUCCUUAUCUUUUAUAAGCAACCUUAUACAAAUAAAAAUUCAUUGGAGUUACUUUUUUUUUCGCGUUUUUAUCUUGCCAUAGUUUGGGAAAAUUAGGAUACUGAAAAGUCUAGAUGUUACUUGCGCAUCAAAUAGACUUUAUGGAAUGAAGAGUAAUUUAGCUUUAAGCCAUAUGCAAACGAUUUAGGCAUAAAGAAAGGUAAAGGGCUAAAUUUUGUAGUUUAAAAGCAGUAAAAAAAGACUGAAAUUGAAGCCUUUUAAUUAAUUAUAUUAAAAUAGAAUAUUUAGCAAAAACGGCAAAAUUUAUUUUAAUAAAAUCACAAAGUGAAAAAGAUUUUAAAAACUGUGCAAAUCUUUUCUGAGUAACCACAGGAGAAUUAAAAGGUAAAAAGUAGAGACAGAGAGAGAGAGAGAAAAAGAAAAGGGAAACCGAUACAAUGCGAAAUGAAUUCUUGCCAAAUGAUUAUACAUAUAUAGCUUAGGUCACUAUCGUUUCUAUACGAAUGCAAAUAAAUUUCAAAUAAUUUCGAUUAUAAGGAUUUUUUUAAUUAAGAGAAGAGAAUUUAUAAGUGAUUAAUUUUUCCAGUAUAAAUUCUACGGAAAGUAAAUUUUUACUGCACGCAUUACAUCAUUUAAUAAUAUAUUUGCGAUUAGUCGAUUGUAUAGAUAUGACUAUGAAGAAUUGAAUAUUCCAGAGUGAUCUUGUGUGUUCUUAUGGUAAUAAGCAAAAAUUAUUAUAUUUGCACAGUUUUCCUUAUCAAAAUAUAUGAAAUAUAUUUGUAGUUUUCUGUGAUUGGAUAUAUUAUUGUAGUUUACAUAUAAAUAAAUUAUUUGUGCCACAAUGAAACGAUUUAAAUUCAUAUUAUUAGGUCCAAAGAGGAAUAUAAAGUGAUAUAUUUAUGUAUUCUACAUAUUUUAUAAUGUGCUUGUAUUAUUCUAGCUCCGAAAAGUUAUCAAACUAAGGGCUCAGGUUAAAUUUCAGGUGCAAUUGGUGUACAGAGAGAAAGUUCUCUUAAUAUUAAUUUCUUUCUAAUUUUGCUACUAUAAUAAAAAUUGUUCUUAUCUC